CAGAAUCCUCUCCCCUUGCUGACGUGGCCCUCUCUCGCUCCCCUCUAUCUGUUAAACCAAGACCCAGCAGGAAACCAUGAGAACCAACGCAACGGCAAUAGAUCAGAAGAGAGAGAGAGAGGAGAGAGCGUAAGCGCAAGAACCCGACCUCCUCGUUCUUCGUACUGAGAAGUAUUUGAAGAAACAGGAGAGAGAGUGGGAAGGAGAAAGGAGCAGAAAGUGAGAAAAACAAGAGGAGAAACAGGGGAGAUGGCGGAGAGCAGAGAUCCUGCGAUCAAACUUUUUGGGAAAACUAUACAGAUUCCGGUAGGAGUAGUAGUUUCGUUGACUAUCGGAGAGGAGUUUAUCGGAGAUGAUGAGAAGGCUCCCUCAGACAAAGAAGCCAGCCCAGAACAAAUGGACAACAACGAAGAGGCUCCAAUUUCAAGAGAAGAAGAGAAGAAGAAUGAUGAAUCGAACAAUUUGGCAAACGAAGAGAAGAUCGAUCAAAACUCAUCAUCGCCUGAGAAUUCGAAUUCGAAAGCUGAUGAUGAACAAAAUGAAUCAAACAACAAUCCACGGGAUAAAGCCAACAAAAAACCAGACAAGAUACUGCCUUGUCCUCGCUGCAAAAGCAUGGACACCAAGUUCUGUUACUACAACAACUACAACGUUAACCAGCCCAGACACUUCUGCAAGAACUGUCAGCGAUACUGGACUGCUGGUGGCAGCAUGAGAAACGUCCCUGUUGGCGCAGGCCGUCGCAAAAGCAAGAGCUCAGCUUCCCACCAACACUUUCGACAGAUCACAAUCGCCGAUUGUGUUCAAGCUGUCCCCGAAUCAAUCCAUCAUCUUCAGCCUCUAAAAUCCAAUGGUACAGUGCUCAGCUUUGGCUCCGACGCCCCUCUCUGUGAAUCCAUGGCUUCAGUAAUGAAGCUUGUGGAGAAAACAGUACAGAAUCGCAACCAGAAGGAGAAGGAGCAGUUGAGUGGAUCCCCAAAUUUGAAUGAACAAGUAAAAGCAUCAUCAACUUCAAAUUGCUAUGGAUUCCCUCCAAAUGUUUCUAACAUCAAUGGAAGUCCUUGGCCUUAUACAUGGACCCAUCCUCCAUUUGCUUUUCCUUUCUACCCAAUUACUGCAUAUUGGGGCAUGCCAUGGCUGUCACCACCGCUUUCAACUUCACCAAGCAGUGGCUCCUCCUGCUCAGUUUCAAAUUCUCCGAACUUAGGGAAGCAUUCAAGAGAGGGGAAUUUGUUGAACCAUAGUCAUUUAGAUAAGGGGAAUACUUCCAUACCUGAGAAGUCUCUCUGGGCUCCAAAGACAAUGAGGGUUGAUGUCCCUGAAAAGCUGCAGAGUGUUCAAUGUGGGCAACCAUUGGAUUCAACACUGAUAAAAGCAGAUUUAAUUAGUAGGGGAGGGGGACUCUUCAAGGCCUUUCAAUCAAAUGGAGACCACAAAAAUCCUUCAAAUGAGCUGUCUCAGGUCUUGCUUGCAAAUCCUGCUGCGCUUUCACGGUCUUUCACCUUCCAGGAAAGCUCAUAGGGAGCUUCUGCUCAUUUCUAAUUUGAUUAAGUAGGCUGAGCUAGGUUUUGUAGAAAUUGACAAUAGGCAAGGGGAAUUCUGUGGUUUCCUCUAAUGCUUGGUUAGGUAUGUUGGUUUGAUGCUUUUUUUAUAUGCUUGUAAAUAACUAAAUGAGUGAGAAGAUAAAUAUUAAGGGAAGAAAUGAUCUGAGAGUUUGUUUGCAGAUUGUACCUUUAUGUAAUAAUGCAAGCAUGGCUUUUAUUUUACUGUUGAUUUCGACA